CCGACCAAAACCCAAAAUACACGCCAGGGUUUCUGUGCGUUCAAGCAACGCUGCCCAGACAGUAAUUUUAUUUACUCCGAAGCUUUCAUUUUUGCGAUCGCGCAGUCCCCGGGUGAACUUUAGUUUUAAGCCGUCCCCAAAAUGCGCGAUUCCCCGCUCAAAGACCGAUAAUUUUUUUUUUGACCACUCAUUGUUAAGUCGCACUUAGCUUAAUUUUGGACGCGGCUGAAGUUUGUCCAACAUCCUCGCCCCUCUUCGGGUCCUUCAUCUCUAAAAGAUUGCCGCUCUUGUCCCUGGCUGCUUCCAGUGUUUGAAGGGUGAUGAUGCUCCAGUAAUUUUCCCCGCUCCAUUCCUAGGCAUCGCUUUGCUUUCCUUCCGGGGAAGAUCGUUCUGCGUGUGAUCCUGCUGAGGAAAGAGACUCCGAUGGACUUACACCGGGCAGCAUUCAAGAUGGAGAACUCACCCUAUCUCCCCAACCCACUGGCCUCCCCAGCACUGAUGGUUCUCGCCUCCACUGCCGAAGCCAGCCGUGAUGCUUCCAUUCCCUGCCAGCAGCCGAGGCCUUUUGGGGUCCCUGUGUCAGCAGAUAAGGACGUGCACAUUCCCUUUACCAAUGGCUCAUACACUUUUGCCUCAAUGUAUCACCGCCAAGGUGGGGUGCCAGGAGCAUUUGCAAACCGUGACUUUCCUCCAUCCUUGCUUCACCUUCACCCCCAGUUUGCACCCCCCAACCUGGACUGCACCCCAAUCAGUAUGUUGAACCACAGUGGCGUCGGGGCUUUCCGCCCCUUUGCAUCCAGUGAAGAUCGGGAGAGCUACCAGUCAGCCUUUACUCCAGCCAAGCGCCUGAAAAACUGCCAUGACACUGACUCUCCCCAUCUGCGCUUCUCGGACACCGAUGGGAAGGAGUAUGAGUUUGGCACCCAGCUCCCCUCCAGCUCCCCUGGCUCCCUCAAAGUUGAUGAUACAGGGAAGAAGAUAUUUGCUGUUUCUGGCCUCAUUUCUGACCGUGAGACCUCAUCCAGUCCUGAAGACCGGAGUGACAGAUGCAAAAAGAAAGCAACUUUGUUUGACAGCCAGGCUCCGAUCUGCCCCAUCUGCCAGGUCCUUCUUCGCCCCGGGGAGUUGCAGGAGCACAUGGAGCAGGAGCUGGAGAAGCUCACGCAGCUGAACAUCAGGUAAGC